GUUGGUCUGCCGAGAGAACAUGACUCCUGCGAUGAGAUGUGAUAUAUCCUGUCUGGGCUGUUGAUUGUGACAUGGAGUUGAGGUGAGAAUGGCACUUUCUCAGUCGAAAUCAGCCAAAAUGGGAAAGUCAAGGCUAUUCCGUGUGUUUAUGAUUGUGAGUGCAGUCUUCAUGAUCCUUCUUAUAAUCAUAUACUGGGAUGAUGUGGGGGGCUCUAAUUUUUACCUGCACACAACCAUAUCUGGGUCUCAUCCAUCCCACCUGCCUUCACAUGGCCGUUCGGACCCUGAAAAGAAAGCAGAUGAGAACAAAGGGAGCUCAUUUUUGACAGACAUAGAUGCAUUUGUCAACCAGUUUUUGGAAGGAACUGCAGACCCUACAGAACAGGUGAGAGGAGAACCGCCCCCCGGAGAGUCUCAAAAUCAGUCCUCUGAGAAAUCUGAGGAAAAAUUUGUUCCACGACGAGAGUGGAAAAUCCAUCUCACUCCAAUUGAUCCAGAGAAAAAACAGAGGCAGGAGAGUCGAAAGCAGCUGAUACAAGAUGCAUGCAGCUACAAAAGUCUCUUUGACUUCCCUGGAAAGAACAGGACUUUCGAUGACAUACCCAAUAAGGAACUGGAUCACCUCAUUGUGGAUGACAGGCAUGGGAUUAUUUACUGUUACAUUCCGAAGGUGGCCUGCACAAACUGGAAGCGCAUUAUGAUUGUGCUGAGUGAGAGCAUGUUAUUAGAUGGCGUGCCCUACCAAGACCCUCUAGAUGUUCCUCAGGAGCUCAUCCACAACAGUAGCCUGCACUUCACCUUCAACAAGUUCUGGAAGCGCUAUGGAAAGUUCUCACGGCACCUCAUGAAGAUCAAGCUUAAAAAAUACACCAAGUUCUUGUUUGUCCGGGAUCCUUUUGUAAGGCUGAUCUCUGCGUAUCGCAACAAGUUUGAACAAGAGAAUGAGGACUUCUACAAGAGUUUCGCAGUAGUCAUGCUAAAAAAAUACAGUAAUUACUACAAUCCACCAGCUUCGGUGGUGGACGCUUUUGCAGCUGGGAUUCGACCAUCUUUCUCAAAUUUUGUUCAGUAUUUAUUGGAUCCCAGCACUGAGAAAGAGAUGCCUUUUAACGAGCACUGGAGACAGAUGUACCGCCUGUGCCAUCCUUGCCAGAUAAAUUAUGAUUUUGUGGGAAAAUUGGAGACUUUGGAUGAGGACGCUGAGCAUUUGUUGCGGAUUCUUCGAGUCGACAAUGUCGUUGAGUUUCCGCAAAGUCACCGAAAUCGAACGGUUAGCAGUUGGGAGCAGGACUGGUUUGCCAGCAUACCACUGGAAUCUAGAAAAGAGCUGUACAGGCUCUAUGAAGCUGACUUUAAACUGUUUGGAUAUUCCAAACCAGACCAGCUGUUACAUGAGUAAUGCAUUUAUGAUGAACAACUACUUCACUGGGAUGCUGAAAAGCUUUGACAGUACAAGAAGAGGAAGAGGAAAAUAGAAGUUUCUCCUGCCUGGUUCUUAAUGUUCAAAUGAUAAGAGUCUUGUGGGCAUUGAAAGUGGUUUAUACUGUAGCGAACAUACAUCCCUUGUAUGCAACUAAUUUACCCAGUCCAUUUACCAGUAUUUCCCUAAAUGUUACUAUUAUUUAUAAUGGCAUUUUGAUGAUCAUUGUAAUCAAUGCACACUUUUUUUUUUAUUUAGAUACUGAACAUUUAAAAAAAAAAAAAAAAAAAUGUAACUCAAUAUUUUAAUUAUAAGAAAGGAUGUAUGUGUAUGUGGAAAUCCCACCAAGUUUAGUCAUUUAUUUAUUAUUAUUUUUUAAUUAACAAAGAACCACCAAACUAAAAUAUCAAAAAUGUAUUUAGGCAGUGCACAGAUUAUUUUAGAAUAUUUUUGUACAAUUUUUCAAUUAAAUGUGAAAAGUCAAGGCACUUUUGUCUUAAAAGCUAAAUAAGAUUUUGAAAUGCAAGCUAAAGUUUUUUUUUUUUUCUUCAGCAUAAAGGGAUCUUUGCUCAGUUACAUCAGUUUAUUUUCUUUAAAGGAAUAUUCCAAGUUCAAAACAAGUUCAGCUCAAUCGACAGCAUUUGUGGCAUAAUGUUGAUUACCACAAAAAUGUAUAUCAACUCUUUAAAAAAGAAAGCCCUAGUGGAAAACCAGCUUAAGGUGGUAGCUGUGUUUUGGAACAUGAUAGCUGGUUUAAGCUGGUCAUAAACUGGUUGACCUGCUACCAUCUUCUAAAAACCAGCUAGAGCUGGUAUGACCAACUGGUAGCUGGUCCAAGCUGGUCUCUCAGCUCAUGGCCAGCUUGGACCAGCUCAUGCCAGUUUAUGAUCAGCUUAAACCAGCUAUCAUGUUCCAAAACACAACUAAGGAAAACAGGAGGCGGCACUUACAAUGAAAGUGAAUGUGGGCCAAUCUGCAAAUGUUAAAAUACUUACUGUUUCAAAAGUAUAGUCAAAAGAUGUAAACCGAAUGUGUGUUAACAUUUUUUUGUGCGAUACAGUCGCUUCCUAACUUUUACUAUUUUGUGGCAAGUUAUAGCCAAUUUUACUAUGUUGUUGCCAUGACGAUUUAGUCAACAAAUGACAGUAAAAAUGACACAUUUUAUAACUUUACAGCUUAAAUAACAAGUUUUAACAGAAGAAUUAAUGAAACUGCUUUUAUAACAUCAUAAGCUUAGUAUUUCUGCUUAAACCCUCCAAAAAUUGGCCCCAUUCACUUCCACUGAAAGUGCCUCACUGCAGCUCACUGUUUAGCUUUUUUUAAAGAAAGAGUAACGAGUUGAAUUACUCGAAUUACUCAUUCAAUUACUUGAAUGUCGAUUGACCUUAACUUGUAUUGAACCCAUGAAUUUUCCCAGAAUUGUGUAUUUUUAAUGUCUCUCUGGAUUUUUUUAUUUGUAUUUUUUAAACAUGAAAUUAUUUGAAACCUAAUUUUGUUUUAGUUCACAGUACUUCACAAAAAUGCCAGUGUUCUGCAAUGAAGCACAUCUUUACCACUGUAUUUGUGUUACUGGAACAAAAUGAAAUUCUUUUGCUGAUGAGCAGCAAGAUAAGUACCUGACAGCAAAAAGUAAUUUCUUUGAAACCGAGAGAAUAUCACAGGAAGAUUGUGGCCUGUUCUUGUCAAGGGUAUGUUUUCUUUCAUCAUUUUGAUCUUUUAGUGUGUAGCAGGGACUGGAUGAUCCCUCUGAUCUGCAGCAUGCUAUAGAUGUUAGUAUGUGUGCCUUGCAGUCCUUUUCAUAAAUAUGCAUCACUCCAAGAGUACUGUAGCAAACACAACUCCACAUUUAUUUUUCUCGGUAGGCUUAGAGUGCAAAACAAAAGCUUUGUUUGCAUACUAUUUGAAAUAUAAUUGCAGGCAUAAAGUAUUUAUUUGGUGUAAUGCUUUAAAAAGUUUAAGCACAAUUGUCAGUAUUGUUUAUAGUUCCUCCUCUAGUCACAAGUUGAACUUGGGCAUGUGGGAAAGCGUAAUUUAUUGAUUUAUAAGUAUUAACUCCUUUGCCAAGAAGGAAUUUCUUUUAAUUCCCAUCUUGUUUUUGUGCUGCACUUUGAUCACAUGUAUUAAACAGAUAUUUAGGAUGGAGAGAUGAAGUGUUUUUGUAUUUGGAUCUAGAUUGUAGAUGGUAAAAUGAACUGUGGAGCACAAGUGUAGCAUGAUUGAUCUGAAAUGAUGGGCCAGAGGGAACAAGAUGCCCCAGUUUAGCGAGCUCUCAGGGGAAGCCAGGAUUCUGGAAUCAACGGACGGUUGGGCCCAUUUGGUAGCAGUGCCUUUUGACAAAAGUUUACCACAAAAAAAAUUAAAUCAUAAUAAUUAUUGCAUUUUUGGCUGCAACUCUGGGUGGGCUAUUGAGAAUUGUAAAAUCAGUUCCAGCGUUUCUCUGAAACCACAAGUUCUGUUACAGAGGGAAAAAAAGAAAGAAAAUGUGCAGUAUGUUGCCUGUUGAUUUAUGUUGCGAAAUGUGGACCUGGGUUUUGUUCACAUUUGGUGCCACAUUGUACAAAGAAAGGUGUUAUAAUGUUUAGUGAUUGUCUUGAUGUCAACAUUAAAACCUUUUUACUUGGACUUUUCAGUCAUAGGAAUUUCUUAGUUGCAUGAAAUAUUUUUCAGGAAAACAUGUAAAAAGCAAAAGGGAAACAUUUGUUAUAUUUAAUCAGGUCUUAGUCUAAAAACAAAAGUGUUUAUGACAUUUUGUUUGCUUUUUUUUAUGGCAAUGUACAUAGCUCUUAUUUGAUUUAUUAUGUUAUUAUUUAAUGCUUCUGUUUUAAAAGAAAAAGUUAAAUAAAGUUCUAUGC